AUGGCAUAUUACCGAGCCAAUUACUUGAGUGAUACAUAUGCUAUUUCGCCACCGAUUCCAAAUCUGCAAAAACGUCAAGUGGGUGUCGCACUAGACUAUUCAAAGAUUGAUAUCCUCGGACGACCACAAGUUGUCUAUUCGUGGAACCGCAAUGUCCAUGAGAAAGACCUAGCAACAAAGACGAACUAUGCAGCACCGAAAUAUGAACCGAGGCUCUCAUCUUCUGAUGUUCUGAAAUUAUCGGCUGCCCAACGAACUACCAAGGCUUACAGGGACGGUCUUGAAUAUGUUAAAGCAGAGGAAGAUUACAGGAAGAAACAGAAGUAUCUUGAUUCUAUUACACCAAGUCGUCGAGGGAACGCUCUAACUGUUGGAACGCAAAAUUCCCUUUCAGGAUUACCGAUUCCUGAUGAAUCGGGGCAUGUGUUUUCCUAUCCCGCAUCAGUGACUUCCCAAACGGGCUUAAUGUUUGAAGCACCACCUAAUGGAAAUGAGAUUCCAGCACAGCCACGUAAUGUAAAUUCUACUCCCCUAGAACCUGUAAUUCUAACAAGGGAGACAGAAAUUAGACGAGAUGCAGUUGGAAAUGACCAUGUCAAUCAUGGGACUGGCGCUGCUGUUCCAUUGGAUGCGAUGACAAUGGCCGAUGCUUAUAUUCCACCGAUUCCAGGCAGUUUCCCUGGCUUGACUCCAGAGGUUCAUGUGGAAUCUCCUCAAAUCGAUGCCUCCAUGGAAACAAUGCCUCGUAGUGCCGCACCAAUUCCGCAUGAUACAGUACUCCUGAAUGACCGCCAUGAUCCGUCUGGUGUAGCGGAUGUUUUAGAGAGAACUCCGUCAAUGAAAAAUUUAUCCUGGUUCCUGCUAGAACUCCAUUUCACUUCAAAGAAGCAAAAAACAGAGCCAGUAACUCCACCACCGGAUGUGAUUUUUGCUGGAGUUGCUCCUCAUGGAACCAAAAGAAGACAGUACAAACAACCAGAUGAUAAGCAGACCACGGUAAAAAGACAAAGAAUAGAUUCUUCUAUACCCGAACGAGAGGAAGUAGAGGAAAUUAGAUUAACAUCCCCUGAAGAAGUUGAAAAACAUAUAUGA